AUGGCCAACGGCGGACCGAACUAGCCGCUUCGGCCCUCACCGUCAGCCGUAGUUAAGCGAUUGCCCCACCUAAAACACGAAUAUACUACACAAUUUUGUUCCUUCGAGUCGUUGAGGCAGAUACUGCAAAAUCAAGCCAUCAUGUUUUCUUUACCAUAUUACAAGUGCUACUUUGUUAAAACGAACGCAACGACUGCCGUAGAAGGCUGACGGGACGAAGUGCGUCAUUAUUAAGUGUGCAUAUGGUGGGUGCCGACGCCAAAAGGGCCCGCAGUUACGCGUGGCUGUAGGCGGAGGCGGGCAACACCAUCACGACGGGGCGUUCGACGCGCUGGAGAUCUGGAUCUACGGAAAGCUUCUGACGUAGACGUGGAGCGGAGGUUCUCUACGGAGAAUGUCCGAACGCAGCCAGGGUCCCGGUGGAUCGAGUGCGAGGAGGGCACUCUAACCGUGCGCCUACGAAACACCGGUAAACGACUGUAAGACUCUCCAAAAAUCCUUCAACCAGAUAUCACCAUCAUUUCAUCAUUGUCGUCGAGGCAGUGGUAAUAAACAACGUUCCGAUGGAGACGCUCAGUGCUGAGGCCUUCAUCCGACGAGCCGCUGCACGUUCGAUGCUCUGUCGGGUUGCGAAUCUCAAGCUGAGCAGCACACCCUCUGCCUUUCCGGGUUACCAAUGCAGUUUGACAAAGCUGUUCCUCAAAAAGAGGCCUCAUUCUAUGCCGGCAAUCGGUCACUUGCUUGCGGCUUCUAGUUACCUAGCCAAGGUUAACUGCAGCCUUCGAUCCGGCGCAGCAGGAGGCACUAAGACCCGUGGCAUUUACGCAAACUACUCACAACAGACUGGCAACAAUAAAACGUACGUUUGGGCAAUGCAGUUACCUGGAGGUCGAGACUCUCCUGGCGAAAAUGAUGAGGACAGCGACCAACCGACGGACGAAAAUUGUCCCAACUUAAAUGAACAGGAUCUUGUCGUCCAGUCAUCGCAACAUGACCGGAGCAGAUCGGAGGAGUCGGUCGUGGACCCUUCUACUGCCGGGCCUCCCGCAGAUACUGCAGAUCAGGAUAGACCUCCAGAAGUUGGAGAUCAGGGAAAGCAAUUCGGAUUAGAUCAGCUGGACGGAGUGGCGAAUGAUGUUGAUCAGAUCGACAACAAUGACGAUGAUGACUUAUCGUCGGUAGCAAGGGAUGAUUGUGAUGACCCAGAGGACGAAGAUGUCGAUCAGGAUCCCGAGCCAGACACCGAUUAUCCCGAACAUCGUGAAUUCGACCGCAACUGCUGUUGUCAUCGAUGUACUGACAACUUCAUCGCGAGACUUUUCCGCCCGGAUAUAGAUCAAGACGCCGAGAACGAGGGCGCACGUUGCCGGAGCGAUCAAGCAGGAUGCCCGAACUCCAUAUUGUCACGGCCCCCGUCGCGCGCGAGCAGCCCCUGCGGGUCGGCCGGGAAUGUGGGGCCACUUGUGGCCCAUCCGCGGCAACAGGGCGGUCUACCGCUUUCGCUAGCCAUGCCCUUAUCCACUUCACCGCUUGGGCACAGUCUGGCAAACAUACAGGCCACGACUGUGACGACUCCCAGCGGCCCGCAGAAGCAGUUUCUCUGUCCCAUGUGCAACAAAUACUUCACUCAGAAGGGUAACCUGAAGACUCACAUGAUGAUUCACACGGGGGAGAAACCGUACUCAUGUCAUGUCUGCGGACGGAGUUUCACGCAAAAAGGGAACGUCGACACUCACAUGAAAAUACACACCGGUGAAAAGGUCCCCUAUAUCAGCCUCGAUAAUCCGUUGUCUCGGCCACAUUCGGGUGCCAGAACUGGGAAGAAAAGCGGCUCAGAUUUGUUAGACUACGGCUGUGACAGCUGUGGGAAGCGCUUUGCCCGGAAAGGGAACCUGAAGACGCACGUCCGCAGCGUGCACACUAAGGAAAAGCCCUUCGCCUGCGGGGUCUGCGGAAAAUGCUUCUCGCAGAAGGGCAACAUGCAAACUCAUUUGCGCACGCAUAAUAAAGAUGACCGCUUCCCAUGCUUGCUGUGUGGGAAGACCUUCUCGCAGAAAGGGAACCUCAAAACGCACAUGCAGCGACACGCUGGCCAGGCUCCAUCCAGCCCACAUUUGCUACGCCGCAGGUCUAAAGGCGGCUCAAGCGCAUUGCAUCAGCCUAGCCAGCAUCUCUCCGUGAGAUCCUCAGUUGGUAGUGGUGGCUUAUUUGCCCGCGAACCGCUGGGGGUUUUAGGAGAGCUGGGAGAUGGCGCAAACGAGCUGGGCCCCUUGGCCUUAUCGCUUCCACCCCUGAAUGCAUCAGCGACAGGCUCCCCGUCGGGAAUGGUUGACUUCCGUGCAGCUAACGACGAUCAGUUUUCAGCGGCCCUUGCUAGUAGCGACGACAGUGAGAGCUCAUCGGAGUCCGAGUCGGAAUCGCCGCGAUCUCUUCCGGUUUUCCCUGGAUCUAAUAAGCUCCCGCUGGGUCUGCCGCCGGUAUUUCCCGAUUCUGGGCAGCCGCCCACGCAUACGUCAUGGCUAAAUCCUCGCCGGUCACAGGGGCCACCACAUGGACCCGCUGUCGAUCAGACCGUACCGCCUCAUGGCGAAUUCCCAAGAGAUGGUGACGGAGCGCAGCUUCGGCGGCUCUCAUCUUUGCUAUCUGGCAUGCUGCCAAUGAGGCACACCGAAUGAAAUUUCCAAGCAGCAUUCGUGCACGCCAUUCGGAGCAGACCGGUGGAUCGAACCACGCUAUCAAAACUCCUACAACAGGAGUAGUUAUUGUUGUGAAAGACAGCGAAGUUCACUAAUAUUUAAUGAAUGGAUUAUGCUUAGGGAUGCAAUCAAGAAUCAUAAGUUAGAUUCAAAUUUCCGCAAAAAUCGUAAACAUUUACCGUAUCUCUAGUUAUUUCAAAAUUAAAGUCAACCACAUAGUGGUGUGUUCAGUCAGUCAGGAUUUAUUUUCAUACCAAACUAGGGAUACUGGUACGUUGUGUGCGUUGAGCAAACGCGGCUAAAGCUAGACACGGAUAAACUCGCGCUUAUAUCGGUACUUUUGCUUGAAAGAAGAAACGUGUUUAGUUACGUGUUAGACAUUUUUUUGAAUCUGAAACGUUAAAACGCCGUGUAUAUGUGGUUUAUGCCUGAUACUGCACCGAGAAAUUCGUGAUAAUGAGGGUUUGUCGUAGAGGAAAACCAGGAAAAUUGAACACGUCUUAAGUUAGUAAAAACGAUCCACUUGAGAGCUGCUAACAGAAGCAAAUACAAUUAGCAGAAAACGGAAUGCUACGGAAAUGCCCCUCAAUAGGUGCGCGGACGUUGGGGUAUUUUGCUGCAUAUGGGAACUUCCCACUCAACUGCUGAACUACCAUUUCAAUAUUGUUCGCAACAACAGUAAAUGGCAAACGGAUGCUACCCAUACACAAUAUAUGAUGAAAGAUACAUAUUCAUACGACGCAAGCGACUGUGACAGAGAUAGAGUUCUGUACAAUCGAUGACCGGUUUCAUGUCCUAAUUGCUACUUGGCAGAUGGCCCAUUAGGCAUCAAAAUCUACGCUUUAGCGAAUCAACAAUAUGUUUUUAUGCUUUUUAUGGCAUUUUACCCUGUUCAUACUAGGACGUUCUGUCAUUUCUGACAUGGUCUAGCGGCUUAGAACGUCAACUCUAGAUGUCGCCGUGGAGCGAAUGAGUAUAAAGGGAGGUUGCUCAAAUUUUUCCAUAUCAUUUAAACAAACACGUAUCCACUACUUUGACCAGCACCAGUUUCCAAAGUUCUAGCUAACUGAAACAGUCCUCGAAUAAGAGUCAAUGUAAAUGAAAUUAAAUAGUACAAAAUCUCGUCAGAGGAAUAUUCAUGUGCAAAAUAACCUUUAAAUUAGUUCUGACGUGAAUUAAUUCUAAAAAUAGUUUUUACUAAAGCUGUCGCUACUUCAUUCGUGUAUGUCUAUUUCCUCCUGACACAUCUAGGGCGUCGAAGUUAAUUAUUUGUGGUUCAAUUUUUAAAUCAGACUUGAAGACCACAGACAUGUUAUGCCUUUUCUUUUUUCUCUCCAUUUGUCACAGACCUAAUCACUAACUAGUACCACGUCAAUGUUUGUUGAAGAAUGCCUAUAACUUCCAGUUCAAGAUUUCGGUCUUUGCACGACGCAAUUGUGCUACCUAUAUACGUAGGUCUGUAUAAUAAGCAGUCCUUUAAAAGUAUUUGCAAUUGCUUAUUUACCAUCAACAACAACACGAUAGACAUUUGUGUUCUAACAAUGGUAGUAAAUUUUAAUGGGUAUGAAAAGAGACUCUCAGUCUAUAAUAUGUGCGAUCACGCUCACUCGCGCUGCCUGCUGAAUGUGCCACUGCUUAAGAAUAACUACGAACGACGAGUAAGGAACACGAAUGGGUCAGUGCAAUUGUUAGAAAACUAAUGAAGUGUUUUUGAUUCCUCUUUGACCGGUGGACAAUUGAUUAUAAUCUUCCGAUAAUGACGAUAUUAUUCCUAUAAACAGCAAAAUCUGUCAUCGAUAAAUAAAUAUCUUUAUCAUAUUAUAGAUUACGCUGCUUGUGUAAAUAUCAGUAUGUGCAUGCCUCCUCCCACAAUGGUAUUUAGGUAGACGGACUCCUUGACUCUUUCCGUCUUGAUCGAUAGCUUUUAGUUGUGUACAUAUAUAAACUUUUCCUAAUGACCUUCCUAUGUGGAUUAUAUACAUUAUAUCUAUUAGCCGUGCUCGGUCGGACGACUUCACCAGUUUUUGCGGACAUAACGUACCUAUUAGGUUCGGAGCGUCGAUGCGCAAUUUAUGGCCGGCGCUGUGCUAGACUACAUAUGUACUCCAUAGUUUCAAUCUUUAGGGCGAUCGAUUAUUUGUCAUCCGGCUUACAUCAGUUGAUUUAUAUCGACCCCCUAACGCUUCCCUUGUCUGCUGUGAUCGCAGCGUAACUUUUUUGUUUGGUAAGAUUCUUUCGAAACCUGUAUAGCGGCAACAAUAUCCGUUUGAGAAGGGUUUUUCAAAUUUCUUGUUAACUUUAUAUCACGGGCUAUUUCAUACGAAAGCGGUCAUCUACUAAGCCGCUUCGGCUCACUCCUCGAUUACGGUUUUUUUUAAAAGAAGAUUUACGCGGCUGCCUAAAGCGUGAAAAUCGUCGUGCGUUUUGUCUAAAAAUAUCCCCGUAAGCGGUCUUUCGCAUUAUUUGCCAGUGCAGAGUCUGGGGUUUUCUUUCUGAUUCUUUACCCUUCAGUCAGCCGAGGUUACUUUUCGAAUAUGGACUUUUCGAAUGAGUGCGAAUAGCUCAGGAACGGUGGCUCCGAUCGGCGGUUGAACAGGUAUCCAAGAGCAAUCAUUUUUAAAUAGGCUCAGUUUUCGCUUAUGUUUUAUGUACUUAGCAACGUAUAGUCGCCCCAGGGCAAACGAAUAACCAGUAAAAGGACUGAAAAAAAUGAUACCUUUUACGAAGAGAUGGAUGCCGGCCUAAUUGUUAUAUAAUUUCUUGAUUAGUAGAUACUGCAAAGGUUCAACCGCUGUUAUCGGAGACGCACACUAUCUGCUACUGCAAUGAUAAUACGGAUAUAGUUUGAUGAGAAUAU